CACAGGCGCACUGAGCUCCCAACUGCCAUUUUGUGGCAGAGGCUACUCUGCUAAAGCGGGAGAGGGAUUAAAACAAACUGCGAAGAAGACAGCAUUUCUUGCCAGCCUGCCAAACUUUGUAGCACAGACUCUGUGCUUUCGGCCGAGUUAAACGGGAGGAGAAACACACUAAAAAGAGGUUUACAGAGUCAGGUAGCAGCCUGAAGCCUCAGGUUGGCAGGGACAGUCAGGUAGCAGACAGUUGAUUCAGCAGAGCUCAGGGCUUUCAGCAGCAAAACCACCUGUAUCACCAGUCUACAGAAAUCAUGAAAUCAGGCACUUUUACCUUGCUGAUCCAGUUCCUACCCAGCAUGGACGGAGGGCCAACAGAGGGUGUAGGGGUGGUGGAGGUCCCCGCCAAAGACUUCCCCUCCAUCCAGGCCGUCCACAGCCAGGAUGCUAUGGUGGCUGACCUCCUCCAGCAAGCUGCAGAGGCCGGGGGCGUGGUGGAGGGACAAGCUGGAGUCGUCCUGGAACAAGGUCAUGGGGAAGGGAUGGUAGCAGCUACCCAGGCUCAGCAGCAACUGAUGGAAGCUGGGGUGGGGGUCGGUGUAGACAGUGGAUCAGGGGUUGAGAUGAUGGUUAUGGACUCACUGGAUCCCACGCUGUUGCAGAUGAAGACUGAGGUGAUAGAUGCUACGGUGGGAGGGUCGUCAGCGACAGUGGGUGUUGUUGGAGGGGUAGCGGGUGCUGCUCACCAAGCAACUGUAACAACAGUGGACCAGACUCAAAUCAUCACACUACAGGUGGUAAACAUGGAGGAGCAGGCAGCUCUGGGCUUGGGGGAGCUCCAGCUGGUCCAGGUGCCUGUUUCUGCCACCACAGUGGAGGCUCUGCAGCAAGGCACCUUUGUAGACACCACUGCUAUGCCAAAAGAUGGAGACCCAGUCAUCUGCCACACCCUGCCGUUGCCUGAGGGCUUUCAGGUAGUGAAGGUUGGUGCUAAUGGGGAGGUGGAGACGGUGGAGCAGGAGGAGGAGGGAGGAGAAGUCCACCCUGAGGAGGAAGAAGAGGAAGAGGUGGGGGACCAGCUGCUGGAAGAAGGGGAAGACGAGCCCAUUCAGCCCCCGAAUGAUGACCCGACCUGGCCUAAGGACCCCGACUAUCAGCCUCCAUCUGGAAUCAUCAAGAAGUCCAAAAAGGGUAAAAAGAGUCGUCUGCGUUAUGCUGAAGGAGAUAAGGACAUGGACGUCAGUGUGUAUGACUUUGAGGAGGAACAGCAGGAGGGUCUUCUGUCUGAGGUCAACGCUGAGAAAGUAGUGGGCAACAUGAAACCACCUAAACCCACGAAGAUCAAGAAGAAAGGAGUGAAGAAGACAUUUCAGUGCGAGCUGUGCAGCUACACGUGCCCUCGACGCUCCAACCUGGACAGACACAUGAAGAGCCACACCGACGAGAGACCUCACAAAUGUCACCUGUGCGGACGAGCCUUCAGGACGGUCACCCUGCUAAGAAACCAUCUCAACACACACACUGGAACUCGGCCACACAAGUGCACAGACUGCGAUAUGGCCUUCGUGACUAGCGGAGAGCUAGUUCGUCAUCGUCGCUACAAACACACACACGAGAAACCCUUCAAAUGCUCCAUGUGUGACUAUGCCAGUGUGGAGGUGAGCAAACUAAAGCGUCACAUUCGUUCCCACACCGGUGAGCGUCCAUUCCAGUGCAGUCUUUGCAGCUACGCCAGCAGAGACACAUACAAGUUGAAGAGACACAUGAGGACACACUCAGGAGAGAAACCUUACGAGUGCUACAUCUGCCACGCCCGCUUCACCCAGAGUGGAACCAUGAAGAUGCACAUUCUGCAGAAACACACUGAGAAUGUGGCCAAAUUCCACUGUCCACACUGUGACACUGUCAUCGCACGCAAGAGUGACUUAGGCGUCCAUCUUCGUAAGCAGCACUCGUUCAUCGAGACCGGAAAGAAGUGCCGUUAUUGCGAUGCUGUGUUCCACGAGCGCUACGCUCUGAUCCAGCACCAGAAGUCCCAUAAGAACGAGAAGAGGUUCAAAUGCGACAUGUGUGACUACUGCUGCCGCCAGGAGCGCCACAUGGUGAUGCAUCGUAGAACCCACACUGGAGAGAAACCUUACGCCUGCAGCCAGUGUGAGAAGACCUUCAGACAAAAGCAGCUGCUGGACAUGCACUUCAAACGCUACCAUGACCCCAACUUCGUCCCCACCGCCUUCGUCUGCCCCAAGUGUAGCAAGACCUUCACUCGCAGAAACACCAUGGCUCGCCACGCUGAGAACUGCUCUGGUGAAGUGGAGGACGCCGAAAACGGAGCUCCACCCCCGAAGAAAGGAAAGAGAGGAAGAAAGAAGAAGAUGAGGAGCAGGAGAGAUGACGACGACAGCGAGGACGAUCACGCUGAACCGGAUGAGGAGGACGAGGGUGAAGGUGAGGAGGAAGCAUCACUGCUACAGGAAGAGGAUGAGCCAGAAAGCAUGGAACUGGACCAGGCCCCCGCUGCCAUCCCAGUACCGGCCCCCGACGAGCCACCAGUCAAGAGGAAACGAGGCCGACCUCCAAAGAACGCCCCCAAACCUCCAACACCCAGCAAGUCAGUCAGGGUGGCGGCCAAGACAGCUGCUUCUGCUGCUGCCAUCAUUCAGGUGGAGGAUGAGAGCACCGGAGCAGUGGAGAACAUCAUAGUGAAGAAAGAGGAGGGCGACGCCUCAGCAGCGACACCUCUAGAGCAGGGAGUGGCGUUGACGGUGGAGGGGGUGGGGCUGGACGGGGAAGGGGUGGAGACUGUCGAGUUGGCGGUGAAUGAGGAAACCGCGGCCGCUGCCGCCAACGGAGAUCUGACGCCAGAGAUGAUCCUUAGCAUGAUGGACCGGUGAACACAACACGCAGCCACAAACAUGUAGCCGGACUAAGACUAAAAAAUUGGCAGAUACACCAUUAACAUUUUCACAUCCUUUGCCUUCACCUCAUGUUCCAUCUGUAUGUGCUUUUUAACUGCAGCCAUUUUGCCUCAUUUGAAGUGAGCUGCAGAAACAACCCUGCACAAAGAAGGGAAAGCCGCAUGUAAAUACAAAAACACAGACACCGGCACACUGACGUUUGUGGGUCUCACACAUACACAAAGGACCAGAUCCCACUGCACACACACCGCUGUCAUUUUCUCCACAUCAUACACCACACAUAGUCCAAGCUAACGCCAGACUGCUCUCUGCUCUUAAUGCUCUUUCUUCAGUUUGAAUGUCUUCUGAAUGAAUCAUUGUGUAUUUUGCUACUUGUUUCUCCCCAAAGCCACAUCCUGUGUCAACCUCUACCCACAUACCCGAGAGUUAAUGUUCAGCCGGAAACACACUCCUCUGUGCAUUGCUCUGCCACAAGGAGACAUGCUUUUAUCGACCUUCAUUAUUCACUUUGAUUUCCUGCUCUUAUGCUUGCUGUUCUUGCAACAGUGCCCAUCGUCAAAUUCCAAGCCUUUCUAUGUGUAUAUAUAGAUAUAAAUGUAGUUUUUCCUAAUAAAGACGUAGUAUAUGGUACUUUAGUUUGCCUCCGAGAUACCACGUGCAUUUUUUUUUUUUUUUUUCCAGAAAGUAUGAUUUCCCUCCUUGGCCUGUGUAAUCACAGAGGUCCAUGUUGCGGUGUUAUCAGUUGAAGGAAGUUAACAGAGGAGGAUUCUUUCUGAUGACAAAGAUUGUAGCAAAUGGGCACAGGCAGACACAUUUUCUCUCUUAUCUGUCACUGACAUUUGUCUUUCAUAGUUAAUGCUCCUCUGCUGUUUCCACACAGUUUUGCCAUCACAUAAACUUGAGAAAAUGCAGAUCAUCCUGAUGUAGUCGGUCAAAUAUUGUACUAUAAUUGUGAUUUGAACAUUCCAAAUAUUUCAAUUAAUUAUGGAAUUAUGUUUUAUGCAUUUGAAUCAUCUCACUCAAAGUAAUCAGCAGUGACAAAAUCAAACAUUGUUUUUUCAAGAUAAUACCAGCCUCGCUUUAGUUUUCCUUUUUAAACAUGUCUUCACCUGCCAGAUCAUAUUGUGCUUGGAAAAGUUAUCAAAGAUUAGGUUGUGAAUCAGUGUGUCACUCAAACAGCACCCACCCACCCACCAUAGUGAUCCUCAAUUUUUGGCAGGUGGUUUGCAUGUAAAUACACAUUUUAAACCCUUUUUGCUUUUUGAUUUCUUUUGAGCCUUUUUAAUGUUUUUUAAAUAGCUGAUUUGAAGAUGUGUUGGUUGAAAGGGGCCUAGAUUUAUAUGCUACACAUGUUAGUGUCAUAUCUGGUACUCCAUGUCCUGAGCCUGUAAAGGUGACUUUCAAAAUCCCCCCCCCCCCACCCCACCUCCAUUAUGCUUUCCUUCCACAGAUGAGUGUUUUGUGUUGGAGCCCCUUUUAACCAACCACACUGAAUCUGAACCACUAUUAUUUUGCUCUCUAUUUUCUGUUGCUCAUAGCCAUUUUGUUUCCUCUUUGAAACUAUGUUAUAGUUUUCAUUUCUGGCCAUUUUUGCAGUUGCUCUCCUGGUCGAGCUUGGUUCAGUUCAAUAGUAUGACAGAAGCUUCAUCAUAUUCUGUUGUCCUUUAACAUUUGGCCCAAAGCUGUGAUGCUAGUUUUACCUGUAAAGGAACAAGAGGUUUUUGAGUAUCUGUUCUGUAGGAUAAAGCAGUUUGACACCCAUCUAAAAAUGUGUAUUGAAUGAAGUUCAGCUAGUAAAUUGUAUGUAAUAACAAAAAAACAGCAUUCUUGUUCUUGUUUGGUUUUUUUUGACAUGUGUUAAUACUGUUUUGGAAGGAUGGCAGUUUUUGAGUCUUUGCUUGCCAUACCAUGUGAAUUAAUGAGGUAAUUAAGAGGGGUCCUCACACUACUAUUAGCCCAGGUUUCAUGACAGUUUGACCACAGGUUAUAGUGGUUGUUAAUAUGGCCUUCCUUCCUUUUUAUUACAACAAGAUGUUAUUUUGUUAUAUGAAACCAUUUUCUCUGUAACUUAACAUUGGUUAAGUUACAGAACAUGCUCUGUAUUGUGACAAGACUAGGUCAAACCCUAGUAUAUGGCUGGACCUUGUAUGAAACACUAGAGGGCUCUUAAUUUGAAACGACAGAUACAGGAAGUGGCGACACUCGGUCGACUGAAGUUACACCAUUGGCUGAACAAUGGUUUAAUUUCACUCGGUCAGACGUUUGCAUUUAUCAGGCUUGGCCCACUGUGGUCCAGUCAAACACCAGGCUGUAAAGAAGAACCAUUGUGAACACAGAAAUGGUAACUGAAAGAUAUUAGUGCCAAUGUGCUAAAGAAGGAAAUCAUCAUUCAUAUGUCAGACUGACACUUCUGUAAGAAUCACCCAGAAAUAUCAAUUCUGUCACUGCACUGCUGUUCUGAGAGUUAAUUCUGUAAAACAAGAAAACAAAAUGUUCUGUUAUCAAUGUAUCAUGUUAAUGUUCUGCAGAAAGCUGAAUAGAAGAUGGAUGUUUGACUGUUCUCGUA